UGUCGGUCGACGGACACGGUACUUGCAGUUUCGCGCAUCGCACUACUCGUCGGUCCUCGUCUCGUUGUGUUGUCUUCUUUCCUCCUCCACUUCCAGUGUGUGUAUUUUCCCAUCCGAGAAGAAGUUUAUGCAUCAGCCCAAGGGGAAGCAGAGUGAAGGAAAAACGAAAGAAAGGAAAAAAAAGUCAACCGAACCAAAAUCGGUCGCGUUUUCUGAUCGGUGAAAAAAUAAUCGUCGUGAUCGUUGAUAUUUGUGAAUUGGAUUGUGAUAAAUAUUGUUCGCUGAAUAGUGAAAAAUGUAGCGGUUCUUGCGUUGAUUGAGUGGUUGAAGAGAAAUAAAAUCGAAGAAACGCAAAGAACGACAAAAGGGGAAGAAAAUUUUGCAUGAAAGAUUUUCCGUGGCUCAUCGACACCAAUGCGUGUGUUUUUUCGUUGGAUGUGAACGUGUGUGAGUGCGUGUGGCUGUGUUCUGCUGGCCAUUGAAGUUUUUAAUAGCGGAGAAAAAAGGGUUUUAUUUUUUUCGGUGAGCCCGUGAAGAAAGAAUCGUCGGGGCUCUUCCCCCAACAACGGCAACAACAACAACAUCAGAAGCAGCAGCCAGGCUGUGUACUUGGGAGCCAGUGAAAAUAAAACAGCAGGGAAAAUGUCAACAUCGGAGAGCAGAGUGGAAUGGGUGGAAAUCAUCGAACCUCGCACCAAGGAGCACAUGUACGCCAACCUGACGACGGGCGAAUGCGUCUGGGAUCCUCCGGAGGGCGUCAACAUCAAGCGCACCGAUGCGUCCCAGUGGUGGGAGCUGUUCGACACCAACACCUGCCGGUUCUACUACUACAAUGUGGCCUCGCAGAAAACCGUUUGGCAUCGACCGCAGAACUGUGAUAUCAUCCCGCUGGCGAAGCUACAGACCCUGAAACAGAACACCGAUCCGGGCGAUCGGAAGGAUGGCGGCGGAGGGACUCUACAGCACCAUCACAGUUCAAAGCACAGCGGCAGUGGUGGCGGCGGCGGCGGUUCCGGUACGGUUGGCAAAUCAUGCGGCCAUCGGACCGGCACCGGGGUGAUGGACUACCGGGAUCGGGAUCACCAUCGGAGUUCCAGUUCCGGGCAUCGUGGGGGUAGUGGCGGCAGUGGUGGUGGGCCUCACGAUAAACGAAGCAAUAGUGACCUGCUGGCCAGUCCACAGGGGAGGCACAGUCUGCAGCAUAGACUACCACCCAAAACCACCGUCACUGAUGCAGGGUUUUCGGUAGGCCGCACCGGUACGGGUGAAUCUCAUAAAAUUUGCAGGCACGGCCACCCGAACUCGGGCACGUCGUCCCGCAGCAGUCACAAGUACCUGGACUCGGGUAAGUCCAGCGAUAGCAGUUUGUCCAGUGCCCACGGCUACCACCACCGACGCAUGCAGGACGGUGGCAGCCUACGGAUAGGUUCCGGAACACACGGUAAAAAGCACACGGGUAACUCCGCCGGGGACAACUGCAGCUACCGGAUGCUACAGGAAAGUUCCAGCUCGCACAACAUUCCACACUCGGUACCGUCGUCUUCUACGGAGAAGCUGGGCAUCUCGUCACUACAUCACUCUCCACUGCCACCACCGCACCAGAUGCUAUCGUACUCGAUGUCCAACUCAUCAGAUCUGGCCGGCGGUGGUGGCGGUGGCGGCGGCGGAGGUAACCUGUCGUCUCCGUCGCACUCGAUGAGCACUCCGCAGUUCAAGAAGAAGUUCAUACACGAUGGUAUGGGCUCCAAGUCGGGCAGUACCGGACUGAAGGAUGGUAGUGGACUAGUGUCGAAGCACGAGAGCUUCGACUAUCCUGGAAACGCUUCAUCAUCGAUCUCACUAACUCGCUCGGGGAGCUUCCUGUCUUCGGCGGGGAUCACAUCGGCUGGUCCCAUGGUUGGAACUCCGGUGUCCGGGCGACCCUACCUUCAUCACGCUUCGCCGCAAGCCGCACAACCACAGCACGGCGGUUCCUCCAGCUCGUCCCACAGGAAGGGCAGUUUCGAUGGCAACAACGGCGGUGCCAGCGACGAUUCGAUGCACGAAAAAUACUUCAAAUCGGUGGAAAAUACCCCCAUCACCAGGCGGCGCCAUACUACCACAUCCUCCUCGAAGUCAUCGUCCGUACCGCAGAAACACUCGAGCGAUUCCAGUCCGCAGAGUCCCAUUAGUCCACAGCAAGCACAACAACAGCAUCAGCAGAGAAUCCAACGGCCCUCGGCCUUGGCCGUAGAACUUUCCCCAAGUGCCGCGGUCGUCGUCUCCGGAAAUGCCGGCAGCUACAACAAAUCUAGUCAGAAAAGUAAUGAUUCCGAGCUGUUCAAUCUGGACAUUACCACCAAACCGGAGAAGUACUUGGAUAAGAUGAAGAUCGACAAGGGCAAAGUGUCGCCCAGUUCGAUUUCGAUGGGAGGUGGAAGUGGACCGCAGACGGCCAGUCUGCAGAAGACUUCCUCCUCCAGUGGAAAGCUGUCUUCUAGUCAAACCGAAAUGGCAGCGGUUGCCGCCGCCGCUAUUCAAAAGACGGCCACCAGUAAGGAUCAGUUUUCGUUGAAUUUAAACAAGCCAAACUUGGAAAGACACAACAAGGAGAUGCAGCAACAGCAGAAACAGCUAACGCUGGAGAAGAGAUCCGGAUCCGGAUCGACGCACACGGUUGCCUCGAACAAUUCUUCGUCGCACAACAAAGGUCCACAACCGCAGCAGCUGCAGCAGGCACUACAGCAACCGCAACAGGAUAGGAAGAAAAGCAGGAAUCACAACAACCAGGGAACCGGGUACGAUUUCGACUACGACAAUGGGAAUACGUCGCCGCUGUACUGCAAUUGGGAUAAGGAGAAACUCGAACACCUCCUACCGCUGCAGCACUACAUCCUGGAGCAGGCGAAACUGUCCGGUUGCUACGGGUUCGGUGAGUUCCUCGAUUCGGACUCGUUCCACUCGGACAGCCAGUCGGAGCACUCGUUUUCCGGUCACGAACCGGACAACGAAGACUCGGACCAUUCCGAUGGGCACGGCGAUUACCUGUCGCACUAUCCGUACGAGGAGUACGGUGCCUACCGGAAGAACGACGGCGGAGGAGGCGUCUCGUACUACAACUUCGAUUUUAACUUUGGCGAUCGCGAGGAGAAGGAGGAUAUAUCGGAGGAGGUUACGGCGAAGCUGGAGAGCAUCCAGGAUCAGAUUUACAGCCCGGUGAAGAAUCAUCCGCCGCUGCACAAGUAUUCACCGUUCCAUGUGGCGAAGCAGAAUUUCGAAAGUGCCGGGUUUGUUACGGAUUCUGUGGAUCGGGGUGCCUCGGCGGACAGUAGUCAGACGGGAUCGCAUCAGGGCCAGCAGAACAAAGUGAACAAAGCGACGCUGCUGCAGAGGUUCCAGGAGAAUCUGCUUUCGCACAGUCCGGGCAGUGUGGGCAAUAACGGGAAGAUUGCGGAGAUGGCUCUGCUGAAGGAGUGUGAUAUCGAGAAGUUUGCGCAGGACAAUCUGAAUCUUCACUCGAAGGGUAUCUUCCGGAAGAAGUCAUCCAUCCAGGAUAUGCUGAGUUGGACGCCGAAUGCCAUCAGUAGGCCAAUGCUUUCGCUGGCGAGAGACAAGGCCGGGAAGAAGAUGGCCACGGAGCUGUUCAAGCUGGUUCAGAUCUACAUGGGUGACCGGAAGGCUCGGGUCGGGAUGAGUUUGAACUCGGUGGCGAUCGACAUCAUUGCGAUGGCGAUGGGUCAAGCGCAGCUGAGGGACGAACUGUACAUUCAGAUGUGUCGGCAAACGACGGAGAAUCCUAGCCGGGACUCGCUGAUUCGGGGCUGGGAAUUGAUGGCUAUCUGCCUGUCGUUUGUUCCGCCGUCACCAACGUUCCAACCGGCGCUGCUCGGUUACAUCAACAGGCACAGGGAUCCGACGUUUGCGACCAGUUUUCCGGAGGUCGGUAAGUGGCCGAUCCAUGUGCAGAUUUCGCACUAUGCAACGAUCGCUUGCCGGAGGUUGGAUCGGAUCGGCAGCUCCGGACGGAAGCAGGCGAAGAAGCCAACCGAGGACGACAUCAAUCAGGCGCGGGAGCAAAUCUUCCGGGACAGUAUGUUUGGCAACACGCUCGGCGAGGUUAUGGAACUGCAGAAGGACAAGUAUCCGGACUUGCAGCUGCCGUGGAUUCAGACGACGUUGUCACAACAGGUUCUACUGUUGAAUGGAAAGCAAACCGAGGGAAUCUUCCGAGUGCCAGCCGAUGUGGAUGUAGUUAACACACUAAAGAACCGUCUGGAUUGGUGGGAGUUGCCGGAAAAAGAGGAAACUAUGGAUGCACACGCGCCUGCCAGUUUGUUGAAGCUGUGGUAUCGUGAGCUGUACGAUCCGCUCAUCCCGGACGACCUGUAUGAAGAUUGCGUAGCAACGGAAGAUCCCGCGGAGGCGGCUGCCAUUGUGGACAAGUUACCAAAGAUCAAUCGAUUGGUCCUCACCUACCUAGUGCACUUCCUGCAGCAGUUUGCCCUGCCGGACGUGGUCGUCAACACCAAGAUGGACUCGUCCAACCUGGCGAUGGUUUUCGCACCGAACCUGCUGCGCUGCCAGUCCCAGGAUCCGAAGGUAAUUCUCGAGAACGCUCGCAAGGAGAUGGCAUUCAUGCGUACGCUGAUCCAGCACAUGGACACUACCAGUGUGGCGUACCUGGUUUGAUUCGUCGUCUUUCUGGUCGAACUGCUCCGACAGACGACGACGACGACGACGACGCAUUGUGCUUGUUAGUGUUCUGCGCGGUUCGAGUCGGUACCACGACGAACCGCGCACUGUAGAAACCCGUAGUCUUUCUGCUCGGGAAAGAUGCCCCCCAAGAGUCAAAUUGUACAGUUUUUGUUUAUUUUUAAAGGAAUGUAUAGUUUUGUUUUUGUUUUUAUAUAAUCGGGGUUUCGUUUAUUUUUCUACCAUGGAACAGGGGGUAACCAAUUCGACGCCUGACGUAUUUAUUUCAAUUAAUUUCCUAGCAAGCCGAAUUUACACGAAGAUCUCAUAACGGAAUACUCUAUCUCAGAAUGGAACUAGGUUGACUUUUCAAAUCCGGAAAAUGUCCAUACGAUCAAAUGAAAACAUUUAACAAAAAGGUAUAGAAUUGUUCCCCCCUUCCAGUUGCAAUACUUUCAGCAUUUCGCAAUCGAUUUCACAUUACUGUACCCUGAGUUACCCACAAGUAGAACGUUGUACUAAACUAGUUCUUAUCAAGUCUCACACAUGAUUUCUUUUAAACUGAUAACUGCAAAUAAAUCGAACAAAAUACGAAUCUUAAAAAAAAACUACUCACACAAUAAUGAUAGACACGAAACAUCACUACUUAAUUUAGAUUAACUUACUGCAAGGUUGCAAAAAACAGAACAGAGCAGAACAAACUACAAAUCCUUACUACCAAGCCGGAAUAGUAGUUAUAAACGCUUUGAAUUAAAUCCUGAAUCGUAGUUUCUCGAACGAAAACAAUUACAAUAAUAUCCAGAAGAUGCCGAAUAUUAAACGUACACGAAAAGUAAACCCGCUUGAAUAUCAAAAUUUGGAAUAGCUGCGUCAUAUUUGUAUCGAACUUUCGACAACUGCGAGCGAAUGCAUCCGGACAAGGAAAAACCCUGUAUACGUACCAUCUCGAAACGACAGAACCGUGUAGAUUUCAUUUAUUUUUUGCGUUAAUUCCUCCCCCCUUCACCCGAUCGGGAUAUUUCCAGUCGUUGCUGUUUAGUUAGAGAGAGAGAUAAGGUUAAAAGGUUAGAAACAAAUUUUGUUUGAAAAACAAACAACAAACGCGAAGUGACGCUAGUGACUCGCGCAAUCGCAUAAACCAUACCAAAUUUUUUAAUUAGUAAUAGGUAUUAGUAUAACAUAUAAUUUCCAAUCUCUUUAGAUAUUAGGUAACAAUUCUACACCACCCUACGGGAAGAAAUUUCCUCCCCUCAAUACUAAAUUACCUUGCACGUGAUACUUUCUACACCCCCCCCUGAUGCACCCCUAUAACAGUUUCAAGGGGCUUUUCUCUUCUUCUUGUUAGGUCUCUUUCUGAACUCUGUCUUCUAAAUAUUCUGAUUUAAACAUAAAAAAGAAAGCUGAGCUGCCAUCCUAACUAUUCACUACACUUAACCGUUUGUUGCGCUACCAUUGAGAGGAUUACGUAGUAAAAGAUACCGUAUCACAUAGAUGAGUUUAGUUAGUGCUGUUGAUUGUUGAAAAAUGUCUUCGCAUCAAGUUUCCGAUUUUAAACGAGACACAUACUCUCUCGCACACACACACAAACACGGAGUCAAUAGCUGAGUAAAAAACGACGAAACAAUAAGCAAAGACAAUUGAUUGAUUGAUUUUUAUUUUCGAGU